GACGUCAUUGGUGAGCGCCUCUGCUGGCCUUCGAAAUGGGCUCGACUCCAGUCUGGAUUUCUUCAAUUGUCCCUCUGCAUAUCAACUUUGAAUAAAGAAAAGCCCAUUCGCAAUGACAUUUGGAGGUACGUCAACACGACGAAGAAAAGCGGAAACAUACUCGACGAGCGUUUUGCUCAUUGUCGUGUCAGUUUGUGAGCAGACGUUAGCCGAGUUGACUCAGUGCAUGUAGCUAGCUGUUGCUGUGUUAGCCGUUUAGCUAACUAGCAGGAACCGUUUGGCUCGUGUUAGUUAGGCAGUGAUGUGAUAAAUUAAUAAUGAUACCAUGUAUAAUCAGCUGUUUGAAAUUAUCGUGGAGUAAAGUGUCACGCGGUCUCUCUCCUGUGUUUACGCGAAAAUGAUCACUCCGAGUUGCUAGCUAACUUUAGCCAAGUUAGCGAGCAGCUCUCGAUAAACAGAGUAGCUCUGAGCUGAAAUGAGACAGUGACUGAAAGAAAUCUGAGCUGAAACUGGGUGACUGUGACUUAGUUUGACCACGAAGUGUUGUUUAUAAGAUCAUUACAGAGGAGAUUCUUUCAAUGGUAGAGGGACUGGAGUUUGAAAGAGCUAAGUUACAAUGAUCAGAAACAGCCAAACCAACUUUUGGCUUUAAAUCAAAGAUCUUUGGUCGUUUUUUUUGUCUUAAAAUAAUAAUAUGGCUACCUCUGCGUGAACACCCAAACUUCAACUCUUAAUAACUAUGUAAGUGAAAGAGUAUGUAUCUUCUCUCUGGCCCUUGAAUUAAAAAAUGGAAGCUUUUUAAAUGUAGAAUAUGUUUUACAGCUGUUCUAAGGGGUCGCCGAGAUAUUCAUGAUAAUGUUGCUGUUGAGUGUAUGGUACAGUCAAAUAGCUGUGAAUAACCCUUAAUUUUUUAACAGAAGUAAUUUAAAGGGAUACUCCGGCUUAAUAUAAACUUAGGGUCAAACACACCGUAACACCGAGUUAGAGACCCCCUCAAGAGAUGAAUGUUGCUGACUGCUUGCUUCUCUAGUUAUACCAAUUUAGUAUUGAUCGCACAAUAACAAUACACAGAGCCACUCACUCAACCAAAACGCCACUCUAUAGCCACAAAUAAUGCUCAGAACAGCACCUAACUUCAUCAGCAGUACAUAUUAGGUCCCAGCAUUAUUUGUGGCUAUAGAGUGGCGUUUUGGUUGAGGUUUGUUUAUGGCUCCUCAGACUGCUGUGUAUUGCUAUCCUGCGGUCAUCACUAAAGUUGGUAUAACUAGUGAAGCAAGCGGUUGGCAACAUUCCUGUCUUGAGGGGGUUUCUAACUCUGUGUUAUGGUGUGUUUGACCCUGAAUUGAUUUUACGCCAGAAUAUCCCUUUAACCAAGCAUUUAUUGAUGUGAAUGGGUAUUACUCUACUCAGGGUUUUAACUGUAAUUUUCAAUCAUUUUUUUCCAGGUGAAUCGGUAGAUGAGGUGAACCAGGUGUUUUCAGGUCUGGUUUCUGUACAGGCUGACUUGCUUGCAAGUUUCAGUUCCUGUGCAGUACAGUAAAGAUACCGGCGUGGUCAGACUAUCGCAAUGAAGCAAGCUCAGGAGCGCAACCAGGAGUGCCUGCCUCCCAAGAAGAGGGACCUCCCUGUUAGUAACAGUGGAGCUGGAGGGACAGGGGCAGGUGGAUCUGCAGGGGGAGGUAGUGGCGGCGGAGGUGGUAUUGGUGGCGCUGGAGAAGAUGAAGUGGUUUCCAUCCAGAACUCUGCGGCCAACAGUGACACUCAGGGAGGUACUUCACCUGCAGAGUGGCUGCGUGAUCAGCCAGGGCUUCAUUAUGGAGUGGAUAGUUCUGAUAACAUACCAGCGGUGUCUGUUGACCAGUACAGUAUGCUCUACAAAGUGGCGCUCCCAUCGCCCACCAGUCUACACCCGGUGUUGAGCCACAUCUCUCCAGCCUAUACUGUACACUCACCUCUCCUGCAGCACCCUGGCCUUCCCUAUCCUCCACUUGGAUAUGCCCAGAUCCCCCAUUCCUCACUCCAGUUUGUUAGUUCCCCCUAUGCAGCAGUACCUUACGCUCUCCCUCCUGGCUUUGUACCAGGAUCAUUAAUCUCUCCCUCAGGCACCAUUUCUCAGCCCCAUGCUGUGUCCCACCUUGUUCCAUAUCCAUCCGUCAUACAGGAAGGUGUUGUCUCCCCACCUCCACAGGCCCAGGUCGCUGCUCACACCUUCGCCAAAGUUGCAGCUUCCAGCAGUGUCCCGCUUAUGCUGCCUUCAGAACACGCUGCUCAGCAGCACCUUGGCGCUGUAGGGGUCCUGCCUGCAACAGAGGUCAGCUCACGAGGGAUGCCAGUCUUCUAUCAUCCUCAGGGAGCUAGAGCUACUACGGUCCCCAGAGACCCCCACAGUGCCCAGCAAGAGAACGAACCGGAGCUGAAUGGAGGGGAUAAAGAGCAGGCAGCCAGGGAGGUUGUUGUACUAGAUUCCGUGUACACUGGGAGAAAUUCACGUCUGCUACAGGUGGCAUCCAGCUCUUCAUUGCAGGAGCACAGCCAAGACAGAGGCCUGCAGAACAGACGCCUGGAGGGGAGGAGCUCACCUGGUCAGCGCAGCACCCCAGACAGCGACCUGGAGGUAAGCCACAGUGAUGGCCUUCUGAUGCAUCUUUUGUCAUAUUAAUCUGAUCAGUCAUUUAUAUGUAACAUAUAUAUUAAGAAAUAACAUCAUAUAUUUGUAGGUUGUUUGGUGUGAAAAUAGUCUUUGGUUUGAAGUGAUUAUUCCCUAAAGUUUACUGUUGGGGACUGUAAGGAGUCAUCAGAGUGAUCUAGUCUUGUAUUUUGCUUUUGAGCUCGUCCUUUUAUUGUACUUUAAGUCAUCUGUACUUGUUGAGUAUUACAAGAAUGCCUGUGCUCUUAAUGUACACAGUAUGGCCGUAUUUAUUCAGUACUUGUUAGCAUUUGUUUUAUUUCUGCUCUACUUUCUUAAAUGAUUAUGUAUUGUGGAUCUGCAAGUAACCAUUGGUGGCAGUGAAGUUAUUAUGGUUGUAUGAAGAUGUUCCUUUUUGGUGGUUUAUACUGAGAGAAAGUGUGUUAGUUCCCUAAAAGGUAAUGAUGAUGGAGUUGAUGUUUUUGGUUUGGGAUGGCUGCCAGCAUUGCAAACUUAACACUUCUCCAAGCUUCAAGCUUUACACUGCAAAAGGUCAAAUUUAACUUCGUUUUUUCAAAGUGAUGUCAGAAUUUUUACAAAGUUGAGUAUGCACACAUACUGCGAGCAGUCUGCAACAUUGAGGUGUGUCAGUUGUGUUUGAGUAAGGGUUAUGAGUAAUUUUAUAACUGAAAAUUUUCAUUCUCUCACUGACACUGUUCUUCAAUUGACUUCCAGGUGCAACAGGUAGUUGGUCGUCUGUCUUCUUCCAGCCAAAGUGGAAGUGGAGUGAGGAAAGAGGUCUCUUUUGCACCUUUAAACCUCUCUCAGGGUGCCCAGAGAGCCAGGGAAGUCCACGGGGAGAACACAGGCAGGACUGUGUACACAGCCCAGCCUGUUACUUACAGUGACCCCAGAGUUGCCGGUCUUCAGCAGCAAACAGGACAACCAGGCCAUGCUGUCAUGCUGGCCAAUGGACAGCCAGUCCUUAUUCCACUGGAGUAUCACUUGCAGCAUCAGCCCCAACCGGCACAGCAACACUAUCCAGCACAGACAAAUGAUCUGUCAGCAUGCCAUGCCUCCACCACCACAGCCUCCUCUAACACAAGCUUUAAAGCCUCUGAUUCUUCAGCCAGAGUGUGCCUCCCUGAACGAGCAGAGCAGACUCCGGCUCAGCAGCUGCACCCACAGCAGCAGCCGCAGCAGCAGCAGCCUCCGCUUCAGCCUGCAGCAGAUGUGACUCCGGCUGUAGCUUCAAGCCUCGCUCCUGCCCCGGCUCCCUGCAACCCGUCACACUUCAUGAAGGGAGCCAUCAUCCAGCUGGCCACAGGGGAACUGAAGCGUGUGGAGGACUUGCAGACUCAGGACUUUGUGCGUAGUGCUGAGGUGAGUGGAGGGUUAAAGAUUGACUCCAGCAUGGUGGUGGACAUCCGUGCCAGCCAGCAGAGACCAGGUCUUGUGUCACUUCACUUUACUGUGGGGGAGCAGCAGAGCAAAGUGACCAUCGAUGUGCCCCCAGAGCACCCCUUCUUUGUCUUUGGCCAGGGCUGGUCAUCUUGCAGCCCUGAACGAACUGCCCAGCUUUACGGCCUGGCCUGCCAUCACCUUCAAGUUGGCGAUGUGUGCGUGUCCAUCACCCUGCAGCAGCAACAGCUUCAGCCUCAGCAGCAGAAACAGCCACAACACCAUCAUUCACAACAACAGCAACAACAACAGAACCUGCCCAGGACUUUGAGCAAAAACAACGCUACAUCAGGACCUGGUCACCAGCUCAUGGGCCCGCCUGCCCCUCAGCAGUCACGGCCCAUGUCUCAUUUCAGGCUAGAGCGCGUUCAUCGAGAAAGACAGAGAGAGGGAGACAAAGAUCCGGCUGAGAAGGAGGAAGCCACGCAUUUCGGGGUCGUUGGGCACACUGAGUCACCCAUCAGAACAAGUAGGACCUCAGCAGAGCAUCCGAGGAGCCAGAGCAGUUUUCACUUACACACAGAGGGCUCUGCUUUUGCAGGGGGAGGCCUGGCAGCGAUGCAGGCUUCACUAGGUGCUUCUCAGAGGCGUUGGUCCUCACCCGCCCUCCAAAGAUACAGUAUGAAGGGAGACGAAGGGCCAGGCCCGCAAAUAAGCACCUCCGGCCACACAAGGCCCUCUUUCAUCCCCCAGGAGGUCAAACUGUCCAUCGAGGGGCGCUCAAAUGCAGGGAAGUAGCAUUACAUUUGGUAGCAACUACAAAAGAGACUGCCACAAAGUAAGAAUGAGUCUGACAAGGAGAGAAAGGAAAAAACAGAGUGCGAAUGUAGCCUCAGAAUGUUUGAGAUUUUGCACACCUAAAAUGUAAAAAAACACAAGAUCUGUGUCUAUCUGGAGAGAAGUUGUGGUUGGGUUGGGUUUGGUUUGGUUGUCGCUUAGCCAAAGGAAACAAGGCUGUGCUUUCCCGGCCAGCUGAGGUCUGACAGGGAUGUGAAGAGCUGCGUAGAAAGUAUGUAGCUGUUGAAAUUUCUACCAUAGUCCUUACACACUGCAUUUCUCUUACUCCCUCUUUCCGUUAUGGCCACUUCCUCAUUUCCAUGCAAAGAAGUGACCGUCGCAUUCAGAAAACUCUAGCUUCCUUUGUCAUCAAACUCUCUUUAUUGUACCACAAAUGAUGGUGCAUGUGCUUGUAGCACAGCAAAGCUACCAACUAUCGAAAAGAUCACUGCCAGUGAUCUUUUAUCGACUCCAUUCCUAAGAUUCUCUUUCCUGAAAAAGCAUUUACCCCCCCAAAAAAAAAAACAGUUGCUGACCUUAGCAGCUCCUGUGGUUGGUGGUGUUGGCACUGUUGAUGCAAACAUUCAGACAGUGUGUGUGUGUUACAUGACUCCUCUCUAGCAGGAGUCGAAACCUCUUUUGUCAGCAGAGAUCGCUCUGUACAAAGAAUACGAGCCUUUUACAGGCCAAGCGUGGCAUGUCAAUCAGAAUAGUGAAAAAUCAAUCAGUCUGUUGAUCAAUCAGCUUUGACUUAAAAUAACUCACUUCUCCCAUGUAACGUCAUUACGCCCUCUGUUUGUGUGCUUAACUGAAAGAAGGCUUUUUUAUGAUCAUUAAAAACGCGUUGCAUUCCAGUAUUAUCAGUGAGAAAUUUCCAUCACUUCAUGUUGAUCUUUAAGAACUACUUCCCCCUCCCUCCUCUCUUGUACCUCAAAGCUUUCCUGACCAGACUGGUGGCUGUUGAUGCAAUUUUAGAGAGCAUGAUUAACGGAGGAGGCGGCACUGGCUGGUCAUCACCAAAGCCACCUGUGGGAAUGAACCAGAGACAUGUUACCCCGUAACAUCACUGGCAACAAGCCAUCUUAGCCUGCAAGAGUGGAAGGGCCUUGGAGAGAAAGCGUGUUUGCUCAGUUAAAUGAAAGCAAUACUUGUUUUUACAGCAUUCGGCUGUUGUGCUUUCCCCAAGGAAAACUCCCUGUUUGUGGGCUUUUUAUUUGAAAUAUCUCUUUACUUAAGAGGCGUGAGAUCCCACCCUCUUUUAACCUGGACUUUGAAAGGUGAUGCACUAUUUUGAUGUUCCUUUUUCUUUAGAGCUUCAGUAUUUCUACAAAAGCAGAGCAUGCAUUCGACCGAUCUCAAGAAAUCACUGAAGAUGAAACUGCUUUCCUCUAAUUCUGCAUCUCACUGAUGAUAUUUUAUCUUAUAAGGAUUUACACAAGUGCAUCUCUAAGAAAGGCUUGACUUUAAUUGUUGUUAUCUGUUUUAUCUUUUGUUGUAAAGUCCUCGGCUUUUGUACUCGGGUCUGCUUUAUCCAGUGAAUCUUAUGAUUGUCUCGUGUUGCACAUAGAAAAUGUCACUUACUGACUUCACACUGACCUUGUUUAUAGGAAUCACAGUACAGUAGAUGUCUUUUUUUAAUGAAGGGAAUAUGUUUGAAGUAUUGUUGUAGGUGUCUUUAGUGAGAGAGAGAAAGAGCGAGAGAGAGAUAAAAAAAAACUGACUUGCAUUUUUAACUGUUUACAAAUUAGCCAAGAUGAAUGCUGCAGUUUCCUCCUCAUGACAGAUGUUUGUAUCUGUCACUGAAAUCCAAAAAUCCAAAAGGGUGAAUUUGAAAUAAGUGCAAUUAGAUCAUACAUUGAAUCAUCCAGAGAUAUAUAAUCAGAAGGCAUUCCUCAUACAGACAUUCCCAUUAGAGCGUGAACGUCACAGAAUCAGUUUUCUUUUGUAGUAAUCUGUGGACUGAACUCUGGGAAAACAUUUGAUCAUGUCAUGCAUCACCUGAUGUUGGUUCUUAUGAUUGGAUGCUCUUGGAAAGUUACUUGCAUGCUUGUUAAUUUUGUGUCUGACUGAUGCGUUGUACUCUGGACGUCGGGGUUUGUCUUUAACCCCCUUUUUGGUCACACAGAGUUCUCUGUAGUGGACCAAGGUGACUCUUGUUCUGUCGUUGUUAGCAGCUUUAAAGAUGGGAUUCACUUUGUUCAAGUCUUUUUCUAAAACAACGCUCACAUCCCGUGUUGUUGUUACUUAUAGUCAUGUAGUUCAUCCUCUUUCCAUACUGGCUGCAUACAGGAGUCUUUCUGGUACAAAUCAAAUGAAACAUAAUGAGACAAAACCUGAAGCCAUCACUCAGAGGCCUUUGUAGAAGACUGUGUAUUGCAGUGACAGUUUAAGUGGAUGUCUUGCAAAGGUACAGCUUCUUUCUCGCAGAAUUGGCCCAUACAGUCUCAAGGUAAAACAUUCAGUGCAGUUUACCUCUGUUGUUAUAUCAGCAUAAAAGGAUUCUUUCCAGGGGCUUUUAGUUGUACAAGCACCUGUUUAGAGUCUUUAGCUAGUUAGUUGUAAGAUUUUAAGUCACAAACAACUGCAGGCCUUAGCGUUGACAUAGAGGAGGAUGAUUACAGUUUAUAACUUUGUGUACAUGUGGAUAUGUUUGUGUAAGAAUAAGACUUGAAAAAACCUGAAUCUCUAUUUUUUUGUCAUUUGGAAACGGUCUUAAAGGACAGAUUUAUUUCACUUAUAUACACACCUUGCCACAGAUAUCUCACCAUGUUCAUGUUUUUAUGCUGUAAGCAAUAUACAUAAUCCUAAGAACAUUUCAUGUAGUCUUGGCGUUUUCUAUGCAGUACUCUCACAGUAUUGUAACUUGUUUGUCUUAAGCACAGCUCCAGGGCAGGUUGGCUGAUGCAGUCAUUUUUACAAUAAUGUCUGGUUGUAGGAUUGUUUAAAUAGGAAACACACCAGUAUUUUUUUUUUUUUUACGGUAAGUUUUUUGCUUUUUAGUUUUUGCUCAGUGGUCCGAAUCUUCCUACUUAGCACCCACUGCUGACCUUUUGUUUGUUUCUAAUGAUGCCACACAUUUGGAGCCAAAUCCCUCUAGACGAGUGUCAAUCAAUCUUUCACGUGUUUGUUCUGGAUUUUUUCAGUCCCUAAGCCACUUCAGCAUUGUACACUAGGUCAAUAUGCAUUUGGGCUUUAAACGGUGCAAGCAGUGCCACCUUUGCCUCAUCUUCACAGCAAAAAAAAAAGAGAAAAAAAACAAACUUCUGUUACCAUGAGCCUGUUUUCCUUUCUGCCCUCUGCUCUGAGGAGUAGUGUGUGCCGCCAUGUUUAGCAGCAAAACUACCACAAAGAUGUCCAGUGAAUCCUUUUCACAUCACUGAUAGUCUGUUGCUGUAAGUAAUUGCACUAAACGCCCUCCUUUACAGUGUUUUUUUUUUUUUUAAACUGUUGGUAAAUUGAAGAAUUCCAAAAUGUUAAAGCACACAAAAUCAUGGAGGGAUGGCAGGUUGUGUGUUUCUGUAGAUAGAUUUUUUUGUUUUUUUUUCUUUUUGUAUAGAUAGCUUUGAUGAUGCUUGUCAAUAAUGCCUUAAAUUCUGCUUUGUACAAUGUGUGAAACAAUGGAAUAAUGCUUCUGGUAGAUGUGGUGUUCACUUUUCAGGCUCUCCAAGAGCAAAUUGGAAAUGUCAAGCCAUGACAGCAACUUAAUUGUUAUGUCAUUGUGUUUCUAUAUCUUUCACAAUUUACUCCGUUACCAUUGUAAUACUCUUUUAUUUUUUCUGCUCCUACUUAUCUUUAAACUCCUGUUUUUCCAAUGUGUGGAAGUGAAGUAAUGAAAGCUCUUCUCUGCACUUUUUACAAGAUGAUGCCAAGAGUGUCUGCGACAGAGGACAGUCCAUGAAAUCCACACACACAGAGACAGCCAGGCAAGCACACAUUGGUCGUUUUGUUGUUGCACAUGAUCAGUAGAUUUUGUUUUGUUCAAAUCUCUUGCGUUAUUGGAUUGUGUUCGGUGUCUUGUGCUUUGUCUAACAGCCUCUGGACAGCAGAGGAUGGAUUUGACUAAAUAACACAGACAGGCUUCAAAAAUCUUAAAGUAAUGGUUUUUUUGGAGAUAUGGACAGUGGGCUGUUUUAACUCUUUGUGUGUGAAAUUCUUCCCGUUGUUUAAACCCAAAAGGUGAACUCAGUACGGUUUUGGUGUUGCUGAUGUCAUACUCAAUCAGGAGAAUGAGAACGGUUAAAAGUUUUAAAGACGUCUGUGUAUUUUUAGAUCUGAAGUUGUACUUUUUUCGGCACAAGGUGACACUGCUUUUUAUGUGACGUGAAACACAUUUAAAAAGACACAAAAAUAAAACAGAUUUUUUUUUAAACAUGCCUAAAUCUGCAAAAUAUAUGCAAUGAUGUAAAUGUAACAUUCAAUCCUCAAGUAUAAUCCAGGUUGUAUGGACUUUGUAUAGUGAGUUUUAAUAUUGUAUGGCCGUACCAAUAUGUAUUGAUCUUUAUCAGAAGCCUUAGAGUUGUUGACCGAAAGUGCUCCCUUAGAAUACCCUACACCUACCUGACUUUAACAAAGCAUUAAUAUCUCUAUUUUGUUGCAUUCUUAUUUGUACCGUUUUUUGGAUAAAAUAGAUUUGUACUGUAUAUUUGUACCUCUCUGUGAACUACUUAGGGCGGUUUUUGUUUUUUGUUUCUUUUUUGUUUUUGUUUUGCUGUUUUAAUUCUAUGUACUUUAAGGACACAAAGAUAUUGUAUUUUUAUUGUUACAGCUAACUUGGAGACAUUGCAUUUAUCAUGUUUGUUAAGUAAACACAAUAUAAUAUAUAAAUAUAUAUAUACAAUUAUAAAUAUAAACUAUUAUCCAACUUGUGUGCUGUGUUUCUUUAGCCACUCUCUUAUAUUUCAUUAGUUUUUAUCUUGAUAUGUAUCAGUGUUGGAAGAGUUUAUUAGAUAACAUGCAGCAUAUCAGUGGGAAACAGAAAAAAGUCUGCUUAAGAACAAUAUUGUGCCAACUUCUGGUAAACUGAGUACUUGAAAUUCUGCAAACUGAUGAGACUAGCUUUGUAGAAACUUUCCCAUCUGUAUUUACUUUUUUAUUUUGUAAAAAAGUAUGUUUAUAAAUGUUCUGUCUUACCAAAUCCUACCUUAUUAUCAAGUUAGAAAUCAAAUUUGUUAGAUUAAAAUGAAAAAAAUAAUUUAAUACACUACAUAUUGCAGGUAAGACAAUGGAUAGUGUGCAAAAUUAUGUGUUGCUCGACACUGCAGGCCAGAAUGAAACUGAGGCUACUUGGAAAAUACUUAAUUUCACGGCCCAACGUGUUCAGGGAUUAAAAUUGUAUUUAUGAGUUAGUGCAACUCUGUAAGCUAAAGUUUCUUUGAAUUGAAUUGGUUAAAUUAAGAUAAAAUUUAAAACAAGAAACUACUGAAAAGCCAAAAUAGAAGGAUUUGACUUAAAUGUAUCGAAAAUGUGAUUAGAGUUUUAUUAUAAUCUCUUAAAUAGCCACCUCUUAAAAUAAUCUAGUAAAAGCAAUGCUAAAUUACCUGUAAUAGAUGGUUGUUUAAAUUCAGAGGUACUUUAUUUGACAUGCUGUAGGAAUUAAGAUCAACUGUUGGGGUAAUUUUAAAAUAAAUUAUCUGACGAUUUUUGGUCUCAAGUUUGAAUUCAGUGAAAUAGAAUCAAGAAAGGAAACAAAAGACAUUUAUUGUAAAUUCAAUGUUUAUUUCCACAUUCUUUUCCAGGUUUUAUUAUUGUCUGUACAUCUGUUAAUCCAGUAACAGAGGAAGGCAUCCUCCAAAGUGCCAUCCAGUCAGGAUGCAUUGAUAUCGCAGCAAGCAUGAAUGUUCUCAUUAGCUGUUUAGCUCAUUCAUUUGGCCUUGAUCAGAGAGUCUCGUUUUGUAAACAUGGACAUAAAGAGAAAGUCCUGAUAGAAUUACUAUAGGAAGGCCAACGUUUUCAAUAACAUCUUUCUUUUGAUUAAACUGUAAAAAACAGGCAGGCAAAAACUAACAGAAGAACACAAGCUCAUAUAGAACCAUUCUAGGACAAGUGCAGUUUCAUCACAUGCAGUGCUUACCUAAUCCAUAGCAAAAGUACUGUUUGUAACGACCAACAUCAUCUCAUUUUUAAGUACUUCCUUUGCCACAGUAUGUCAGACCGCAGAAGACACUGUCCUCUAAAGGAUGAUGGAGAUCACAGCAGUUUCAUAAUAGAGUCACCUGUGAGAAUACCCAGUAUUCAUAGUCUGAGAGAAGAGGGAAAAAAUGACACCUGAGGACUGAUCUGCCCUUGUUUUUACAGUUUGUCAUGAAUCUGAUGGCAGUGAGACCCUGUUACUUUACUGUGCUGAACUAGGAGGACAAAAAACGUCACUGACAACAAAGUGUCUCUAGAAAAGUCACAUGACUGUUUAAAAUUGUCACAUGAUGGAUUUAUAAAUGUUUCUGAUGGAGCAGGGUGUUGUCCAGGCUCUGAGCCCUCUCACUGAGUUAAAUUGCCUGAGAAGCUAAAAACUCUUUACACUGAAGUCCGUUUGAUGAAAGUUGCAUUCUGCAUAGUUUCAGCCAAAAGUGAAAUUAUUUCCCUUGAAACAAAUAACAUAUCUGUUGCAUAGAGGUUUGAUGCACUCCUAGAGAAGACUCAAAAGAUCCCACUAUUUUUUUUCCCCCUCUUUGUUAGAUUUGCCGUCACAGACAGGUGGACCGACCUCUCGUCUAGGAGUGACUCAAACAGAACCAGUACUUGUCAUCAUCUCUGAAAUCCUGUGUAGGGUAUUUCAGAAACUGCUUGUUUGACACUAAAUACUUGCAUCUGGAGGAGUGAAGUCAAGAAAAACUGGAGGUAACCUUACAGGCAGGAAAUUAUAUAUAUAUAAAAAAAUCUAAACAUGGCCUCUAACUUAAACAUUUUCACAAUUUUAUACCACCGACAGUAACAAAAUAACUCAAAUAAUUUCACAAGAAAAAUAUAUUCACAUUAUAUUGCAUAAAUAUGUGCUGGAAUGAGGUUAAUGAAUAUAGAUCAAUAAAAUCUCCCAGUAUAAGCUGUAAGUACGUGUCAUGAAACGAGCCCCAGUACUAAGAAACGGAUGGGGACAUAAAACUUGUAUAAAAUGAGUUCCUCUGCUAUAUGAAUAAAUAAAUAUCUUCCAUUAACUCUACUGACAGAGGAUGUGAAUGGACCUCAGUUUAAGUGGUUACAUGAACUGAGGGUACUGCAGCUUUGAUAAUCUUGUUAAUGCUACACAAAUUGCAUCUGUGUAUGAUCUUCUACACAAUAAUAAAAUUACAACUGUCCUAUAGUUAGCAAAUAAUGAGGAAAUCAUUGAGUUUCUGCAGGCAGAAUUCAAGUAAUGUGACAAACUCUGUCAUCAGCAAGUAACACAUCAGGAACUGUUUUCAUUGUGACCACUCAGUGGAACAUUUUAGCACAAUAUUCCUUAAACAUAAUGAGCCCAAAAUAUAUCAAGAGGUAACUAAUGUAUUGUACAGUACAAUAAACAGCAGCACAGACGUAUUCAUGAGCCAAAGAAAAGCUCUGUAACACAAAGUGAAAAACAAAAGAAGUCAUGACAUUGGCAAAAUGUUUAGAGUUUUGGAUUUCAAAAAGAAACAGCUUCAAAUAUUGGCAAAAAGAAUGAUCAGAGUUGAGUGUGUUAAGCUGUACACCUCAGAGGGUAAGGGGGGAAUGUUGCUUAACAUUGGGCACAAAACAUUCAGAGUUCAAACACGUUAUCAUCAUCGACCCUGGGAAAUAUACGCUGAACUGGGGUUUGUAAACCAGUUGCUUCUAUGAAUGUUUGUGACCUAUGAGAACACCCCAGUGUGAAAUGCGAACAGAAACUGUUGAAAACAACCUGCUUCCUCUAUAGGAGUGUACAGUUUAUAGAGAGCUUUGGAAGCCUGGAGUGUGAAUGCAAUAAGCCACAAGACAGAGGGCACCACUGCGGCGCCAGCUGAGGUAGUUUGACUGGAUAUGAAUUUCCCAGGAACCCUUAAGAGGCAGCUUAAAAAGAGAGGUGUAGCUACCAGUAAACCCACGUCACUGGACUGGCGGAGUGGACCAGAAAGGGGGUGGGGGGUGGGGGGCUGUGGCUACAGAGUUUCCCCCACCUGUCACUGAAAAGUCAAUGUGCAAAAAAAGGACUUGUUUUUCCUCUUGGGAAGUAAAACUGCUCCUACCAGGAUAAACCUUGAUAAAUCUGCUCGCCCCCUGAAGGACUGAUAAAUCUCUUUACAACAUGCACUGAAGUCAUCAUCCACACAACAUGAAACAUUCUCAACCCUGUGCCCAAGGUUUUCUAGACCGUAAUAAAUUAGAAAUUGAAGUAGUUUUUGUUGUACUUAACAAAGCAGUUUGUGUUGUGAAGCUGUUCGGUAGAGAGGGAGGUUUGGGAGUGAAGCAGCCAGGAAUGGUUGACUGUGACCAUGGCAGCCUGAUGGCAUAGUGCAGAGGUUAAUAAUGACGCUGCAAGAAGCCAAGAUACUCCUGCUCUAACUAGGGUAGCUUCAUGAACAGCCCGUUAUCAAUAGACGGGACAGGCAUGGGGCAGGGGAACUGAAAGAGACUCAUGUCUGCUGUGAGGGCAGCCAUCGCAGCAGGGUCAUGCUCAAUCUGUGUCCUUAGAGCUGGGUCGAUCUUCUCCAGGCGCCGCUUGAUCCUCUUUGCCUCCCUCUCGCGGAUCAGCCUGGCUUGCCUCUUUUCAGGUGUCUCAUUGGCCCUCUUCAUCCGCAUGGCCUCCCUGUCUCUCUGCAGCCUGCGCGCCCUCUGCUCUUCGGACUCCUGCAUCCUCUGCAUGCGUUUGGCCUCCCGAUCUCGCAGCCUCCUCAUCUCCCUCUCCUCAUCAGUCUCACAUGCCCGCUUGUUCUUUUUCGCCGUGCGCUCCCGCUCCAGCCGCUGCAGGCGAGCCUCCAAGGGUUCAUUUUUCCUGCGCAGCGCCCACUUACGCAUCGGGGACUGGGCCUCCACCAGCUGCUGGUAGGCCACACAGCUGUUGCACACCAACAGCACACCAGCAGGAUACACAGGCAUGGGGCUCAAGAUGUCUGGGAUAGGAGGAAUGCUUGAUGAAGAGGAGUUUAGAGCAUCAGGAAUAGAUGCAAGUGAAGGCCCCUCUGAGAGGAGACUGUCUGGCAGUGAGGGAAACGAGGGUCCUUGGUCAGAACCUGUGCAUGGUCCUGGGCCUGAGCAUGCCCCAGAUCCUGGGCCGUGACAUGGCCGAGGGCCUUGACACUGGCUUGAGAUGUGGCUGGGUCCCUGGCAGGUACGGUGGGCUUGACAUAGGUUGGGGUUGACGUCAGCUGCUUGACAGGGGUGAGGGCCUUGGCAGGAGCUGGGGCUGGGACCAGGUCCGUGGCAGGAGCAGGAGCCAGAGCCCGGGCUGGUCAUGGGGCUGCUAGAGAGGGAAUGAGUCAGGGAACAGCUGUCUCUCCCACUACCGAUGUCCAUCCUGGUCAUGUCAAUGACAUCUUUCAGCUUCUCCCUGAAGAAACAAAGUAAAAAAUAAAACUAGUUAGAGACAAACACAUUCAUAAUGUAUGUCCUAAGGCUGUCCCAGACUUAGCAGGACCCUGAUACAUCUCCUUUUUAAUGUGCCAUUCUGAACUCUUCAUCAUUAAUCAAGCCCCUUGUCAAGACAUCAUUAUAAACUCUGAUACUUAAAAGUGAAUGUUAGCAGUCUCUAAAAACACAAAAAACAGAGGCAGAGUCUGGACCUAGAUUCUUUCUACUUUGAUGUGCGACAGCUAAAAUAUUCACCCUGCAUUGUAAAGACAUUGGUUAAUAGAUCCCAGCAUUUUAAACAGCAUGGUAAACAGCAUUUUCAAAAUGCACCAAAUUCUUGUUUGUCAGUAUUCAACAGCCUGUGACCACCACCUGGUAUGUAUGCAAAGAAUAUUUGUCAAAGCCAAUUCAUUUUAUCUAUCAUUGGCGUUAUCUAAGAAGAACAGGACUGUGCUGAACAAACUUUUACUAUUUCCAGAAAACACUUCAGGAAAUAUGUGCCUGAUGCUUUAAACUUUUAUUCAGAGUUGAGGAUAUCAGACUGAAACAGACGUUCUGAAUGAAUGAAUGCAGCUUUAUACUUCAGUGCUCGGUCUAAAAGGACCUCUUCAUCUCACUUAACUUAAGGGAAUACCUGACAUCGCUCCUCUUUCGGGUCUUUUCAGUAAAACACUGUGCCUCUCUUCUGUUUUGUUCUUCCAUCAUGCAUCUGGACCAUUUGCCAGUGCUGUUUAAAUUUCUAUGCGGAGUUAGUUGCUAAGCAACAUGCAAGUUUAUUUCCAUUAAAUCUGUCAUUCUUGUACUAGUAAUUUUAUUCAUCUCUCAUGCUCUGUAUCCUGCCUUAUCUAAGUGAAUCACUGAUUUUGCUCUAAUGUGCUGCAUCUGAGACAGUUUCAUUAAAUUUUCAAGAAACAUCCUCUCGGAGAUGUGAUAACCUUGCUGGAUCUUUGAAUAUAAACUGCCGCAACCAAAGCAUUGUCUUCUAACUGAUUGUGAACUGCAAUUUUUCACCUUUUUAAAAAAAAAAAUUACAUAUCCUCUGCACUGCUGUUAAUAUCUUACACUAUGCUAAUGAUUUAAUAAAAUCACAGUAUUUAUAUAUUAUUUAAUCUCCAAAAUCUGUGACGCCUGUUGCCUUGGUUUUAAUAACAACACCAUCUGCAGUAGUGAAAUGAAUUCUUUGUUCUUGUUUGUGAGACCGAAUAAUAAAAAAAAUAAUAAGAGAUCUGUUACAGAAACAUCAUGUAAGGUGAAAUAAUUAUUUUGUCUCAAUAAAAACUAGAUAACCUUCAGAUAACUUUAACUUAUGCAAACUGAUUGAUUCACAAUGUUUUAAUUUUUGAGUGAAAAAAGUAACCGUAAUAAUUGAGAUACAUCAAGCGCAUCCCAUCUACUAGUCUGCGAACCUCGUAAGAAAAGCUAUAAGCAUUAAAGGUCUGAGAUAUGUUAUGCACAAAUUCGAGCUGAACCUGUUAAAGUUGUUGGUGUCUGUGAAGCGUGCGCCGCAGACAGCGCAGUUGGAGAGGCGGUCCUCUGAGUGGAUGAGAAGAUGCCGUCCAAGCGAGCCAGGAGAACUCAGGGCUCGCCCACACACUGGGCACACAUAGCUCUUGGUGUUGCUCAUCAUGCUUGUGUGCUGUUCAAGGCAUAAAAAAACAAUCAGUACAAAGAGACAAGGAGGAAAUGUGUUAGAUGAAAACCUAGAUUACAGAAAUUAAGUCUCUUGUUGAAGAACUCAAAGACAUUCAGAACAGAAAUAGUUGAUUAUAUGGAAAACCAUCUUUUUACAAGAUAUUUUUUAACUAAUCAAAAAGAAUAAAAAAAGAGAAAAAAUUCCAUCAACUUCCAUCAGUAAUACAAAUCAUUGAUGAGUCCAGUAAACUAAUCUGUGUUAUCUGUGUUAGCCCCUAAACCAACACUGGUUAUAUCUUAGGUGUGUCCGUUUACAAACAGUCAAUCUGUUGUAAUAACAAUCAGUGCAGCUCUGGCUUAGACAGAAUGGGAGAUUUGUAUUUAAAAUAAUAUUUGACUCUGAACUCUGACAGAGUACACCUACAUUAAAUAUGAGAGGUCACAGCACCACAAAAACAUUAUCUUCUACAGGAAUGUAAUACCGUAUGUCUCUCUCCUGCUCUCUAUUCUCCUGGACAACAUGUGAUAGUCAGCGGCUGCUUCUCAUGACAGUAGGACAAACAGGUAGGGUAGAGUUCAAGUGAGGGGAGACGGCCCACUAAUUAAUCACUGUUGACAUCAUUCCCUCAAUAAAAAACAGCUAUCAAAAAAUGAAGCCUACCUAAAGAUGUUGCAUAAUUUGAGGUCUUGGUAACGAUCCUUUAAUUUUAAGUUUAGUGACAUUGGUUCUUGAGCAAAAAAAGUUUCUCCAUUUAUACACUGGAAGCUGUGAGCUGGGUCGCAGGAGUCAACACCUUCUCCCACAGCCUGCAUUUUUACUGAAGUACUUACUCUCACUAAGCUUCUUAGGGGCUUUAAAGGUGGCGACCUACCACUCGCUUAUUUGAAACCGACUGCAAUAAAAGGAUCUAGCGCUGCUUUGUUUUCGUGGAAUUAGGACAGGCGAGACAAUGUCCUUCUCACCUGGUAGACAUGGGAGAUGAGCUUUUCAGGGCUGCUGAAAUCCAGCGUGCAGAGAGGACAAACAAAGUUGUUGCCGUGGUCCCCCUCUUCGCUCUCCUGCAGAAAACAAGACCGUGUUAAAAACACUCAUGUUGUAGAGUAAUCUGUCACGUUAAAUGGUGGUACUCAGUCAGACUUAAUCGAAGAAAAAAAACUGAGCAAACCUAUGAUUUUACACAUUUUAAAUUAAUGCUGAAAAGAAAGCUGCUAGAAACUCUUUUUAUUUCUCGCUGGUUCAUAUUUUUAGCGAACAUAUUAAGUGUUUGUGCAAGUGCUAUAUGCUGAUGAUUACGCUAAAUUCUCACAAGCCCCACUGACUCACUAACAGUGACAUGAUGGUGUGUGCUGCCACAGAUGUGAGUCACACGCAAGCCAACAUUUUCCAACAGAAGGCACAGGCACAAAACAUAUUGCCCGAUAUCAGUGGAGUUGGGUUUCUUUUUUUUUUCACUCAGUAUUGCAGGUCACAAGUUGUAACAACAAUGCAGGGAUUCUCAAUGACUAAUACCUCUUGAAGGCAUUUGCUACCACAACAAAAUACCUCUUUUAUCUUCUAAAUUUAACUGUAACUUGUUUUUUUUAUUUUUUUAUUGCACAACAGAAAGAAGGAGAAAAGGUUGAUCACAUGAAUAUUAGAUGUGUUUUUUGUGCAUGUUACUCAGUCAAACUGUUCACUCCAUGUUUUCACAGCUUUAAUAGUUAUUUUAAUGUAAACAAAAACACUGUAUUUUUUUUUUGUUCUUGCGAUCUCUUGCAGUAUUUCACACAGAAAUUCCUAUAAUCUAGAGCAAAUCUACAGAAAAUACCAUGGAAGCAGUCAAUACAUGCUCAUUUAGCAGGCAGGAUUCCAAACUAGAGAGUGGCAAAGUCAUGAAAAAGACCGAGUCGAAUGCCGCCAUCAUUACAUAAACCAACUUCAGUUUCUUGAAGCUAGCACCAACCCACUUACCUCUUUGACUCCUGCUCCUUGUAGGCAGCACUGUGACCUCUUCGUGGUCAUGUGGUCGUCAGCUGAGGUGUUGGAGGACGAGUCUUCACCGUGGUUGUCAGGGUCACUAUCGCUGUCUUCUAUGGAGGCAAACACAGCCCUAUCAAUACAGACAGACAACAGAACAGAGAGCAGGGCUUACUCUCACUAACACCCAUCAGCCUGAGCGAGGACGCCCUACACAGUCCAUCCAGUCCUCCUCCCCGCCCUCCAUCCUGUACCUGAGAUGCUAUCCUGCUCUUGGACUUCCUGGGAGUUGUUGCUGCAGCAUUCACUGUCUUCGGUGAACUCGUCUCUGCCGUCCAUGUUAAUAGUGUGCUGUAGUCCUGUGAUGCCUGAAGUGUGGAAUGGCCCUGAAAAUACAAAGCAGGAGUGUUGACAUUGAGUUUCUUUAAUGUGCAGGUUACAAGCGUAUUUUUAUGCAGUAAGCUAAACUCACAUCUAAAAAGAUCCAAUUAACUCUGGGAGUUGGUUCAUUUAAUCGACACUAUAUGACAAUAUAAAUAUGAACACCAGAUGCUGUGCAACAAUACAAAUCUUUUAUGUUUUCAGAUAACACUAUUUUGAUUCACGAGAGAACCCGUUUUCUCCUUAACAUGCUGAGAAACAGACAUCAGUUCAGCUCCCGACAGCAAUAAAGGAGUGGAUGUAAAGUAGAUGAACAAAAACAGGGGCAUCAAGUGUCACAAAUGAGAGGACUGGUUAUGUAUGAAAGCACUUCCUGCAAUUCCAGACGCACACAGGCGACUGAAUCAUCUCUGUUCUUGACAUGGAGUAAACAAAAGAUGAAACUAAGUCACUUGUUUUAGAGAGGAAUCCUCUUUUACUCAUACAGUAGCCACCAUGAGCGUUCUAUCUCCAUAGCAACACAGAGACAGCAUUGACGGUCAAAGUAUUCAAGCAAAAGGUAUGAAUUUUUUUCAACAUCUUAAUUCACCUUUAUUUCCAUCAUAUUUUGGGCUAAGUGGAAACAUCGCACAUCUUAUCGAAUCUCUAAGAUUUUGUGCUAUUUGAUCAAGAAGAGAUGAUCACAAAGGUGAUGAGCUGUGAAAAACUGAUGAUCAAAAGAACUUGGUGCUAGACUGUAAAAGACACAAUUCCUCUUUUUUCUUCAACUUGGUAACCACUUGAGAGAUGGACUGUAGGAUCUCUAUCACUGAUUAGCCUUUUUCCACGAACAUCCAACACUGAAACAUAAUGAAUGCUAAGCCAGCAGACGAACACACUGAUCUACAUGCACACACACAUGAACUUCAUUUGCAUCCCAACCCCCA